ACUCAUUUAAAGAAAACACAUUGAGUAUUUGUUUGUAUUCUCUGCUAAAGAUUUUCUCUUAAGCAUUUUUCAUCCGCUAUAAAUAGUCGACACCAUUUAGUCAUCUACUCAUCUUCUCGUGUAAGGAGCUUAAAAUAGUCGCCAGACUUUUGCAUGACCUGACUGCCGUUUAUAAUAACAAUCACAAGCUCCACUCCACUUUCUAGAAAAAACCAGAAUUUUUAUCCUUUUUCCUUUUUCAUUUUUCUAGAAGAAUUUAGUACCAUAAUCUUCAUUUAUAGCUUUCUUAAAAAAAAUAAAAAAAUAAAAAAAUAAAAAAAAUCUUCAUUUAUAGUUCUCCAAAAUUUGUGGGCAUUGUCUUAAUUAAUUGAAAAAAAGAAAUUUGAUUAUGGCUACUGCGAAGCUGGAGAAAGUGACAUCCAUUGAUGCACAAUUGAGAUUACUUGCUCCAAAGAAAGUUUCUGAGGAUGAUAAGCUUGUUGAGUAUGAUGCUUUGUUGCUUGAUCGUUUCCUUGAUAUUCUUGAGUCUUUACAUGGUUCCGAAAUCAGAGAAACGGUUCAAGAAUUGUAUGAGCAUGCUGCUGAAUAUGAAAGGACUCGUGACACUAAGAAGUUGGAGGAGCUGGGAACCAUGAUAACCAGCUUGGAUGCUGGGGAUUCUAUUGUGGUUGCGAAAUCUUUUUCGCACAUGCUUAAUCUUGCCAAUCUGGCUGAAGAAGUUCAGAUUGCUUAUCGGAGGAGGAUCAAAAAAAUUAAGAAAGGAGAUUUUGCGGAUGAGAGUUCUGCAGUAACUGAGUCGGAUAUUGAAGAAACACUGAGAAGGCUUGUGGAUUUGAAAAAAUCCCCUGAAGAAGUCUUUGCUACCUUGAAAAACCAAACAGUGGACUUGGUUCUUACCGCUCAUCCUACUCAAUCUGUUCGUAGAUCUUUGCUUCAGAAACAUGGAAGGAUAAGAGAUUGUUUGUCCCAAUUGUACGCUAAAGAUAUAACCCCUGAUGAUAAGCAGGAGCUUGAUGAAGCUCUUCAAAGAGAGAUACAAGCUGCAUUCCGUACGGAUGAAAUCAGGAGGAUUCAGCCAACUCCACAGGAUGAGAUGAGAGCAGGAAUGAGCUACUUCCACGAGACAAUUUGGAAAGGUGUUCCAAAAUUUCUAAGACGUCUGGACACAGCCUUGAAAAACAUAGGGAUCAAUGAACGUGUUCCCUAUAAUGCUCCCCUCAUCCAGUUCUCAUCUUGGAUGGGAGGUGAUCGAGAUGGAAAUCCAAGAGUAACACCUGAAGUUACAAGAGACGUAUGCUUAUUGGCUAGAAUGAUGGCUGCUAAUAUGUAUUUUUCGCAGAUAACGGACCUCAUGUUUGAGCUUUCCAUGUGGAGAUGCAAUGAUGAAGUACGUGCUCGAGCCCAAGAGCUUCACAGUCAAUCAAAGUCUGAUGCCAAACACUAUAUUGAGUUCUGGAAACGAAUCCCUCUAAAUGAGCCUUAUCGGGUUAUUCUUGGUGACGUGAGGGAUAAACUCUAUAAUACACGUGAACAUGCUCGUCAGUUAUUGUCGAAUGGGUCCUCUGAUGUCCCCGAAGAAUCAAUCUUCACCCAUAUUGACCAGUUUCUCGAGCCUCUUGAGCUAUGCUACAGAUCACUUUGUGCUAGUGGUGAUCAGCCCAUUGCUGAUGGAAGUCUUCUUGACUUUAUGCGACAAGUUUCCACUUUUGGGCUCUCGCUUGUAAAACUUGAUAUUAGGCAAGAAUCCGAUAGGCACACUGAAGUAAUGGAUACCAUUACAAAGCACUUAGGCAUUGGGUCUUACAGAUCGUGGUCAGAGGAGAAGAGACAAGAGUGGCUUUUGUCUGAAUUGAGGGGAAAACGUCCUUUGUUAGGCCCUGAUCUCCCUAAGAGCGAUGAAGUUGCUGAUGCUUUGGGAACGUUUCAUGUACUCGCUGAACUCCCAUCCGAUGGCUUUGGUGCAUACAUUAUCUCCAUGGCUACUGCACCGUCUGACGUUCUAGCUGUUGAGCUUCUCCAACGUGAAUGUGGUAUUAAGAAUCCAUUAAGAGUUGUUCCUUUGUUUGAGAAGCUUGCUGAUCUGCAGUCAGCUGCGGCUUCCAUGACUCGCCUUUUCUCCAUUGACUGGUACAAGAAUAGGAUUAACGGGAAGCAAGAAGUAAUGAUUGGAUACUCCGACUCGGGAAAGGAUGCGGGUCGUCUUUCAGCUGCAUGGCAGCUGUACAAAGUUCAGGAAGAUCUAAUACAAGUAGCUAAGGAAUUUGGUGUGAAGCUUACCCUGUUUCAUGGGAGAGGAGGGACUGUCGGAAGAGGAGGGGGCCCCACUCAUCUUGCUCUUUUGGCUCAGCCACCCGAAACCAUUCACGGGUCACUUCGUGUCACAGUACAAGGUGAGGUAAUUGAACAAUCCUUUGGAGAGGAGCACUUGUGUUUCAGAACGUUGGAACGGUACACAGCUGCUACACUUGAGCAUGGAAUGCAUCCACCAACCUCUCCUAAACCAGAAUGGCGUGCACUCAUGGACGAGAUGGCUGUCAUUACCACCAAGGAAUAUCGCUCUGUUGUUCUUCAUGAGCCUCGCUUUGUUGAGUACUUCCGCUCUGCAACACCAGAGUUAGAAUAUGGACGCAUGAAUAUCGGAAGCCGUCCUGCGAAGCGGAAACCUGGUGGAGGAAUUGAAACUCUUCGUGCGAUUCCAUGGAUAUUUGCAUGGACACAAACCAGGUUCCAUCUACCCGUGUGGCUUGGGUGUGGAGCAGCCUUUAAGCAUGUCAUUGAAAAGGAUAUAAGGAAUCUAGCAAUGCUCAAGGAGAUGUACAAUAAAUGGUCUUUCUUCAGAGUGACCAUUGACUUGCUUGAAAUGGUUUUUGCUAAGGGGGACCCUGGAAUUGCUGCUCUAUAUGACAAACUUCUAGUGUCAGAUGAAUUGAAACCUUUCGGAGAAAACUUGAGAAAGAGUUACAUAGAAACUGAAAAGUUCCUCUUAGAGGUUGCCGGACACAAGGACCCGCUUGACGCAGACCCUUACUUGAAACAAAUACUCCGACUUCGUGAUCCUUACACCACAACCCUCAAUGUCUUCCAAGCAUACACCCUGAAGCGGAUUCGUGAUCCAAAUUUUCAUGUGAAACUAAGGCCACACUUAUCAAAGGAAAUAAUGGAUUCAAACAGCCUAGCAGCCGAGCUUGUGAAGCUUAAUCCUACAAGCGAGUAUCCUCCUGGCCUCGAGGACACCCUUAUCUUGACCAUGAAGGGUAUUGCUGCUGGCAUGCAGAACACCGGUUAAGCGAGAACAUGCAUCGUAUAGGUACUCGGGUUACGAGGCUCUUAUUGAAGAUUCUCGUCAUCCUUUGUGUGAACGACUCUAUCUAUUCCUUCCGUUGAAUUCCCUGCAAUGGCUGCUACUUUCGCAACCACAUACACAAAAAAAAAAAAAAAAUCGAAAAAAAAUUGUUGUGAUAAGUUAUUAUUAAUGUUACUCUUUGUUUUUCUAGAUGUUUGGGUUGUUUUGCCCAAAGAACAAUUUCUACUUGUUAAAACUGUAAUGUUGUUUUUAUUUAUGAGAUGUGCAUUUCUGCUUGUUUUUUUAAGAAGAA